GCUGUUUGCCAGGAUGAGUGUUGCGUUUGUUUGAGCUUCUCACCCGAGCGCCAGCUGGCGUCACGCUUCCAUCCUUCGCCUCGUUGACGGCGGAGCUGCCUGGCUAAUGGCUCGAGAGUAAUCGGCGGGGCGGAUGGAGGAGGUGGCCGACCUGGGCUAUUUAAGGGUGGACGGCAGAAACGGGUUCAGGUAGCGGCAAUGACAAGCAUCUGCUCCGUGGUCGGCCUCCUCGUCAUCUUCAGUUUUGUCCACUGCGGCUGGCAGCUUCCACUUCAGGACACCUCAAGCUCAGAGAUGGACGAGGCUUUAGUGAGGAGACACUCGGAGGGAACGUUCUCCAACGACUACAGCAAGUAUCUCCAAGACCGCAAAGCGCAGGACUUUGUUCGCUGGCUGAUGAACAACAAGCGCAGCAGCGCCGCCGACAAGCGCCACGCCGAGGGCACCUACACCAGCGACAUGAGCUCAUACCUGACGGACCAGGCCAUGAAAGACUUUGUCGCCGGGCUCAUGACGGGACAGAUCCGAAGAGAAUGUGACGUCAGGAGGCAGCAUGGGGGGUUAAGCCGGAGGAGGCACGUGGACGGAAGCUUCACCAGCGACGUCAACAAAGUCCUGGACUCCAUGGCGGCCAAGGAGUACUUACUCUGGGUCAUGACCUCCAAGCCUUCGGGUGAGAGGAAGAGAAGACAAGCAGAGCGCUGAAGAGACGGCGGA